CCCCAGCUCGCCACACAUUGACCUUUGACCCCCCUCCUCUACAUCAGGCUGGUUUCAUUCACAGUCUGACUCUGUUUCCUGCAGCGUGUCAGUGGUUCGCAGUCUCUCAGGUGGGAAAACCGGAAGUUUAUUUCGCACCAGUCAGAGAGAGGGACAGUGCUUCUGUCCAAUCAACAUCCAGACAACAGGUACCUGCAUUUUGCAUCAUGUUUUCAUUGGCCUCCCUGUCACUCCGCCUCCGGGCAUUUGGUUACCGAGGAGACAGACGCACCAUGGCAACAGUCAUCUCUGGAAACAAGACAUCCAAGCUGGUGAGGCAGAGGCUGACAAAGGAGGUGGAGCAGAUGAAGACUCAGUUUUUGGGGUUCAGGCCCAGUCUGGUGGUUUUACAGGUGGGAGACAGAGAUGACUCCAACCUGUACAUCAGCCACAAACUGAAGGCUGCAGCCGAGAUUGGAAUCGAUGCUAAACACGUGAGGCUGCCGAACACUGCGACGCAGGAUGAGGUGCUGCGGAGUAUCAUCUCCGUCAAUGAGAAUCCAUCAGUCCACGGCCUGAUUGUCCAGCUGCCUCUGGACUCUGUGAACCACAUUGACAAUGAACUCAUCACCAACGCUGUAGCACCUGAGAAAGAUGUGGACGGUCUGAGUUGUAUAAAUGCAGGUAAACUGUCCCGUGGGGAUCUGGGCGACUGUUUCAUCCCUUGUACACCAAACGGCUGCAUGGAGCUCAUCAGACAGACAGGUGUGUCUGUGGCAGGGAAACACGCUGUGGUGAUUGGUCGCAGCAAGAUUGUUGGGGCUCCAAUGCAUGACCUGCUGCUGUGGAAUCAUGCCACUGUGACCACUUGCCACUCUAAGACCCCCGACCUCCCUGUGCAGGUGAGUCGAGCUGACAUUCUGGUGGUCGGAGCUGGACGUGCUGAGAUGGUGAAAGGAGAGUGGGUGAAGGAGGGGGCGGUGGUCAUUGACUGUGGGAUCAACCAUGUACCGGAUGAGACAAAGCCGAGUGGGAAAAGGGUUGUUGGUGAUGUCCACUAUGCCUCAGCCAAUCAGAGAGCAGGAUACAUCACACCUGUUCCAGGAGGGGUGGGCCCAAUGACAGUGGCCAUGUUGAUGGAGAACACGGUGCAAAGCGCUCAACGUUUCCUUCUUAAGAACCAACCGGGGAGGUGAAACAGGAAGCAGA